AUGUCGAAGAAAAAAGGACUAAGUGCAGAGGAAAAGAGAACCCGCAUGAUGGAAAUAUUUUUUGAGACGAAAGAUGUAUUUCAACUAAAAGAUAUGGAGAAGAUUGCUCCCAAAGAAAAAGGCAUUACUGCUAUGUCAGUAAAAGAAGUCCUUCAAAGCUUGGUUGAUGAUGGUAUGGUUGACUGUGAGAGAAUUGGAACAUCUAAUUAUUAUUGGGCUUUUCCAAGUAAAGCUCUUCACACCAGGAAACGUAAGUUGGAGGUUCUGGAUUCUCAGUUAUCUGAGGGAAACCAAAAGUAUGCACACCUACAGAAAAGCAUCCAGAAAGCUAAAAUCGGCAGACAUGAAACAGAAGAGCGAACUAUGCUAGCAAAAGAGCUUUCUUCACUUCGAGACCAAAGGGAACAGCUAAAGGCUGAAGUAGAAAAAUACAGAGAAUGUGACCCACAAGUUGUGGAAGAAAUACGUCAAGCAAAUCAAGUGGCCAAAGAAGCUGCUAACAGAUGGACUGAUAACAUAUUUGCCAUAAAAUCUUGGGCCAAAAGAAAAUUUGGGUUUGAAGAAAAUAAAAUUGAUAAAAAUUUUGGAAUUCCAGAAGACUUUGACUACAUAGACUAA